GCACGUUUGAUUAUACAUUACCUACAUUAUUUUAGAGAAGCGGUCUUGACACGUGUAACACGUGAUCGAUUUUGACACCUGUCAAUGUUGAAUGUCAUGUCACGUUUGCAAUAAUAUGACUUUUAAACAGUAGACACAGUAAAACUGUGCACCAUUUUUUGUAUUCCAAUAGAGCUGGACUUUUCAGUUUUUGUUAUUCUUUAGGAUUACGAUAUAUGUAAUUGAUUGCAGUUCUAUUAAAACAAAGUUUCUUUGGAGUUUAUGUUAAGGGCGAAGACCUACAUAGAAGAAUAAAAAUUAAUCAGUGAUUAAUUUUAAUUUGUUUCGGACCGCCGAGUCAGCAGUGCCGACUGACUGUUUGUGUUUACUAUUAAUUAUGUUUACUUUGAUUCCCAAACAUACCAAUGCUGAAAAAAAAUAUCGGUAUACUUUUUCUAGAAGUGUUUUUAUACUUGUAAUCGCGAUAUCGACUGGGCCAUGGAGUGUGAUAGAAAAGUUUUCUCGUCAAACAUAAUUCGAUCUGACAAUAAAGUACAGAACAAUUUGUAUGAUUUACUCCAUAUUGUUCCUGUGCAGCCUUUACCAGAGAAUACUAGUAUUAAUACUUCAAUUAAUGAUUGUGGUUUUGUACCAAAAACCGAUAAGUUUUAUGUACCAAAGAAGAAAAAUGGCCGAAAAGUCCUUACAGUCCGUGGAAUUCGAAAUUCUUUUGAAAGAGAUGUUUAUAGUUAUUUGUUACUUGAUUUAGAAAAACAAAAGAAUGUUUUGUUACGUAAGAUACGAUAUGGAUCUUCAAGAGAUGAAAAAACAAAAGAACUUGCUAUGAACAUGUUAAAAACGGAUACUCCUAUUUCAAAAUCAGCGUGGCAAAUGUUAAUGAAUAUAAACCCAGCAGAACAUACAUUUUCCUCUCAAUAUAUUCUUUGGAAUGGGAAGAGUAUCCAAAUAAAUGGCAGCAAGGGAGGAAAACACAAAUUUAUUUGCAAAUACGAUGUAGGAAAAUAUAAAAAUUCUUCUCAAAAGAAGAGUGGUUCAAAAAUCACUAAUAUAAGUAAAAGAAAACAAUUACUGCACCAUUCGCUGAGUGUUAAAUUUAAACCAGGUCCAUUGACAAAGAAAAAGGAUUUAGACAUUUCAUAUCAAAGAUAUCAUUUUGGUGAAAUUGAUUUAGUAGAGUUACCUGGAACAGGCUUAGAAAUUCAACCAUCAUACGGUAAACCACUACCACCUCUAGUAGAAACUUUUAUUAAUAAAUCAUUUUUACCAACUGACGGCUUUUUAACACAAAAAUGGGCUAAAUUCGCUGUAUCGGUUUUAGGUAAAGAUGAAAAGGGCAAAGGAGUAAGACAAGAUGAAGAUUCUUGUGUAACAUUUGAUCUAAAUUAUAAAUGUUUUCAAAAUAGAUUGCUAAUGCGUAAUGAUACGGAAUUUUCAAAGAUAAGUAUGUGUAACAAGAGUGCUAGUAUCCCACAAGAAGAUUUGUCAAUAAUAUCUGAAGUUCGAAAUGUUAUGGUUGAUGUUCUUAACGCCGUAGAAAUAAAUUUGAAACAAGAUGAGAUGUAUACUGGAGAAGAAGAACCUCGGGAAAUAUCAGCUUGCAAUACAGUUUCUUACUCCAAUACUAAAAAUAAACGAAGAAAGGAAUUGCAUAGACUUGAUGUAACCGUAAUAACAAUUUCCGAUUCGACUGAGCUUGACGAUUCAAGUAGCUGUCAAAACGCUUACUGCACUUUAGGCUGUAUUUGUGAUUCGUUAAAAUGUUCUUAUAAAUUAAAAAGACAUUGUGGGCGGAUUGAAUGCAUGUUCAAUUGUAAGUGUGAUUUUUCUAAAUAUAAAUAUAUGACUUCAUUAGAUAACCACAAUUGUUCUGAUAUAAUUCCUGGGUUGAUAAAUUUGGAUAAAACAUUAGGUCAAACAUUAGCCAAAGAGGAACAAAAAUUUCACCAAACAGUACUAGUAACGGACGAUAGAAGUAUUUUGUUAAAAUCAGACAGAAGAAACUGGAAAGCGUCAAAAAAGUAUGCAGAAUUUUAUAGCAAAAUGCACUUAAAAACUGAGUGUAUUGAAACUCGAGCAUUUUCUAUAGUUUGUCCUAAACUUGAUUGUAAAAAUAUUGAACCCUGGUGCAUGGUUCAUAAUCUAUACAAAUGUUUCUGUAAGGGCAAAUUCACGGAAAGUAUGCCUCGCGUUAUAGAAGAAAAUAUAACAGUGGAAAAUGACAGUGCACUUUCAGAGCAAGUUUCGAGUACUUUAGGUACUCCUAAUUUACUCUCAAAUAGCAAGGAAGCGUUUGUCAACGAAACACCAAGAAAUGAUGUUAUUGUCACUAGGUUGCGCCGGUACCGAGAAGACAGUAGCUAUGAUAAAAAUGAUCACGUUUCAAAGGUAGGUGAAAAGGAAAAUGACGUUUUCUCUGAUACUGGUUACAUCUGCACUAGAGUGCUACCUUAUACUGGCAGAAAAUAUAAAGACGAAUAUUAUAAAAGUACUAACAAAAAAAUUAUAGAAAUGGAAGAAAACGACGUGGUUUUGCAAAAGAAGAUGAAAAGUUUGAUCGGUUAUAAUACUGAUUUAGAAUUAAUUGAAAAUAUUAAUAAUAUCAAUAUCAAUAAUAAUAAUAUCCAGGAAUCAAAUAAUAGAGUCUUGCCUUCAACGUCGAAAGAAUUUUCAGACACGGUAACUGUAUAUGACGAUCAACGUAAAAAACGCUUGCCACAAAAAACAAGUUUAGUUUCAUGGCUUGAACAAAGUUAUAAGGAAUAUAAGCAACAAUCUGAAAAAGGUUUAAUAAAAUUUUCCUUAGAAGCGCCGCGUAUUGGAAAAGCACGUUUGUAUACGUGGGAGUUUAUAUUAACUAGGUAUCGAGAAGCGCAAAAUUAUUUUCUUAUUUCCAACCAAAAACCUCAUCGUAUUUUUAUAUCCGUAAAUGUAAACAAAGCAUAUUUUAAAGACUGCACCAAUAUAAGUGAUAUUAGUUUAUCUGACAUAGAUAAAUACCCUGCAACUGUAAAACAUUUACUCACAAAUGCAACAGAUCUCAAAGAAAAUUUUUGCAUUUUGAAAGGAUUGGCACAAUGUUGGGAACUUGUUGGCACCGUGACAAAAGUAAACGAAAAACGAGAUACCCAAGAAGAAAAUCAAAUACAUCAGUUGAUGAUUUCAGACGAAAAUGAUUCAGAAUUUAAUACAUCUUGCGACAAUAUCAAUGUGGAAGAUUUACCGAUGAUCCUUGUAGAAGAUGGUGCACUUGAAUUGGAACAGGAGACUUGUGAUGUCGUGCCUCUUAUAAGUGUCGUACAGUCUGAAAUAGCUAAAUCUAAAUGGUUCGUUAUGAAAGUCGAAAAUGAUUUUAUUGAGCUUCAAUUCAUAAAGAAAGGAUUUUUUGUCAAGUAUGAAAGUAUCGUCAAAGCUAUAAGUGCCGCAAGAUUGUAUGGAAAAACUGUUAGACUUUCUCUACAAAAGUGUUUGAAUAGUCAAAAUGAUCCACAAUUUGGAAUUUAUGCAAUACCUAAUAAUGAAAAUUCUUGCGUUUUCAUAGGACCAUACGAAAAAAAUGAAAACUUGGGUGUAGAAACUAUUAAAAAAGCAGAAACAGUUGAUUCUUUAUUUCCUGAAUCCCGUACAAGUGGGAUCUGGGUAAUUACGAAUAAAAUUGAUAAUAUAAAAGUAAUUGAUGAUCCUUUACAAUUUAUAAUACCUACUUGCUUAAACAAUGACAAAAUGGUCGCACUAGACAAUGAAGCAUCGACCAAAUACAACGAAAUAACAAAUGAUAUAUCAUCAAAUAUACAAAUAAAUAAUCUUCACGUAAACAAAACUAAAAAAACGACAAUUAAACAAGUCAAACCUAUAAAAAUUCGAAAGACUGAUGGUUUUUAUCAUCUUACUUCGAAUGGUUGCUUAAAACCAAUUAAAUCUCCUAAAAAAGAUUUAAAUAUCAAAUCUUUACUGAUUGAUUCACAUGUUAAGAAUGUUACGGGUACUGUGAUGAAAAAGUCAAUACAAACUAAUUAUUUAAAUAAGGCGCUUGUCUCAAGCGCCAAACCAAUUGCAGAAAUUGCCCCACUCAUCAAAAUAAGUAAUGCCGAUAAUAUACCUAAAGUACAAACUAAAAGACCAGAAAGUGGUAUGUUUGUUUUGAAACCAGAAGAGAUUAACAAGAGAUCUUUAGAAACAAACAUUUUGAACGAACAACCACAAACUAGUAAGCAACAUGUGAAUUAUGAUGUGAACGAUGAAAUUUCAAUGGAUAUUGAAAGAUUUUUGGAAUCGUCGGUAAUUUGUACCCAACCAAUAGAUGAAAUAUUUGUAAUUUCUGAUGAUGAAAAUGAAAAGGAUCAUAAAGUGAUAGAAUCAUGUAAAGAUAUAUGGAUAGUCUGCAAAAACAUUGACAAUCUCGGUUGGCUACCAGGAAAAAUUAAUCUUGAAAAAAACAUAAGUUUCGAAUUUCCAGGUUUUAAGUCUAGUGCAUUUUAUCCGGAAAGUGAAGCAUUCGAAAAAAUUACCCAAAUAUUGGCCAGAAAAGUGUACGUGCCAAAGCAUAUUGAAUUACAAUGGCAAGUAAUUGAAACUGAAGCUGAAAUUGGAUCAAUUGAAAAGCUCGAGGCAGAGUACUUAAUUUCCGAUUAUAUUUUGACCAAGAACGGACUACGGCAUAAGUCUGAUCUGAAGACGUCAUUGGAAUCAUCGAAAAACGCGAAGAAAAUAAAAAAAGAAAAAAUCCCAAGAACAAAGCAUGAAGAGAGUGGUAGUGUCAUGGAAUUUUCGCUGAAAAAACUGAAACAAAAGAAUAAAAUCAUGGAGUACCUUGAGGAGACCAGUCAAACGCUUGAAGACGAAGGUUCAUUUCUAUGGAAUGAAACUAUAUCUAAAAGAGAAGCAAUAUUGGCGUCAUUUUCAGAAACGUCCGAAGAGUUUCAGAAUGAAUUCAGUGAACAAUUGAAUUGUAUUUUAGACAAAAUUACUGAUAAAUGAGGGUACAGUGUUCCAAAGAUGUGUUUAUGUAGGAAGAUGUCUGUCUACCUGUGUACAUGGGCAUAGCCAGGAUUGUAUCUAGGGGGGCAGGUAUAAUUAAAUUGAGUAUCUCAUAUAACUAAUUGAUACUGUCCGACCAAACCAGUUUUUACGGCCGAAACCGAAACCGAAUCUUAGCUUCAACCACAGUUUCGUUUUCAGCUGUAGUUUCAGCCAGUUUUCAGCCGAAACCGAUACUAAGCCCAAACCCGUUAUUUCGCCAAACCUUUUCUAAAACCAAAACAGAAACC